ACAAUGUUUUUAUUUAUCGAGAUGUCACAAAAAGAACAUUUCACUUAGUCAUCAGAAAUCAAAUAAGAAAUCACCAAAUUUACAUUCGUUUGACAUGAAUGUUACGUGGAUUUUUUCCUCCAGUUUUUUUGGUUUUAUUCGUCUUUUUAAACGUUACCGUUAACUCUAAUACAAUUUAAUGUAUUUUUGUUAAUACAUUAAUGCACAUUAAUAUAUAGAAUUAGUGAGAUACUACUAAAUUAAUCAGAUUAAUCUUCCGAUUAAUCAGAUUAAUCAAAUUAUAAUAAUUCUGAUUUUAAUGUUUGAUUUUAUGUCUCAUUAUAUACUCUAUUUUUGUCAGUUUGUAAAUAAACAUAUUUGGUUUAUAAAUAAACAUAUUUUUUUAUUAUUUUUUUUAUAUAAAGGAUACUUUUGAGUCAUUUUUAUCGCGUCGUUAAAGUUAUUAGAAUCUUUCCAAAGUAUUAAACUAUCAUUUUAUUAAUCUUUAUGUUUAGAAAUAUUUGAUUUUGUAUUGUACAGGAAGGGCUGCUACAACUUUUACAACGAUACCACAGCAUAAAAUGGAUAUCCAGGCACUAGACAGCUCAGAGCUCCAUAAUGGUGAUGGUCGGACCGCAGCGGCGACACUCUCCAGAGAGACUGCGGAAUUAUAUAACACGGUGAAAUUACAUUCAUAUCUCGCGCCGAGGACUUCAUCGCCGCCGCUGCGUAGUGACGAAAAUUGCAAUACCAUAUGGAGGGUGACGACAAUAAUGAUGAUAAUGACGACGUUUCUUAAUAGUAAAUUUAUUAAGUAUCGGACUUUGAAUCGUAAUAUCUCCGCUCAUACAACACGGAAAGAAAAACUAAAAACACUCAUUAUAUAAUUCAAACCUAAGCUAUCGAUUGCGCCUGUUCAGAAAUUGAUCAGUUCAGCCGUUAUUGAGAUCCGAUAAUCUUGAUAGUCAGCAACUCGUCAACUCGCGUAAAGAGAAACGGCCGAUCUCGCGCUCGCGAAACGCUGGCACUUGGCGACGAGUCAGUGUUUGUCGAUAGCAUGCAUGCACAAAUUUUUAGAACAUUUAUUACGGCAGUAUAUUUUUUCUAUGAUUAUUAUU